CAUGCUCGCUGGUGAAGGCAGAGAAGGACAAACACACAGAUGGAGAAAGCUUGCCGAAGGAGACACACUCUUUCCUGCGCCUCUCAUUUCCUGUUCUUGCUCUCCGACUAAUAUCCAAUUCUUUUUACACUUUUUUGGUGCCGGCUUGUCAGCAACCUCUUUUUUUGACUUCACUCUUCAGCUUUUCCUGUGCUUGCUGUAUUUAAUGUUUCUUCACCGCUGCUUCCUGGCUCCUUCCUGACAAAUCUUUUCCUUUAACUUGCUUUCACUUUUUUCAAAAGUUUCCUUACCUUCCUUCUAUCAUUUCCACUCUCUUGUCUGCCGUCUUUUGGAUGGAUAGCUACUCUGUCCUCUACAGUUCUUCCCACAGAACCGGACUUCUCUCUGGCUUCCAGCGCCUUCGCUCACAGAGGAAGAUGUGUGAUGUUGUCUUACAGACUGGCGGCAUAUCUUUUCCCUGUCAUCGCGCCCUUCUAGCCAGCUCCAGUGACUAUUUUUGGGCCCUUUUUGGAGAGACUACUGCAGAGAGAUUAGCAGGCUCCAUUAGCCUCCCUGCGCUAACACCAGAGGGCUUAGAUGCCAUUCUGGACUUCCUGUAUUCAGGUUGGCUCAGCAUCUCACCCUCCACACUUCCUGUUGUCCUGGAAACAGGCAGGUACUUGCAGGUGGAAACAGCUGUGGCAAUAUGCGAGCGUUACAUGACUGAUGGUUUAAAUGCCAAGAACUGCUGUGACUAUGCUAACCUGGCUGAGCGCCACGCCCUCUCAAAUGCACUUGAGGCUGCCAAUCAAACCAUUGCCAUGGAGAUGGGAAGCUUGAUACAAGAAAGCAGGGACAAUCUCCUGACAUUGAAUAUCGAAUCACUGUUGGUGGUUCUAGAUGCUGAUGAGAUACCUAGUGUUAAGGAGGUGGAGCUCAUAAAGCUGGUUCUGGAUUGGCUGGAUGAUAAUGGGCCCCUCCCACUCCUGAAAUCAAAUCUUUUGUUGAGUCGUUUGCGCUUUGGAUUGGUCCCCCCGUCUGACCUCACAAAUAUUAGCCAUGCCCACAGAGCCAUGGCCACACCUUUAAUAAGGAGCCAGCUGACACGAGCAUCCGAGUACCACAGGCUCGGUUCAACUCAGCCCAUCAGGCAGAGCCGGCAGACAACGCUUAGAGCAUCACCCAAUUGCGUGCUUCUUGUGGGUGGCGGGUCCAGCACUGAUUGGCCAGAAAAGCAGGUGAUGGCGUUCGAUCCAAAGAGGAGGAGUUUUUCAUCUUUGACUUGUGUUCUCCCGCUGAGACUGAGAAAUCCCUGCGUGUGCUCAGUGGGAGGUUUCCUCUUUGUGAUUGGAGGAGAUGAAGUGAAAGAGGGAGAUGAAGAUGAGAAAAGGCCUGUUACUGUAGCAACAUCCAAUCAGGUGUGGCGGUACGAUCCUCGCUUUAGUUGCUGGGAGCAGGUGGAGUCCAUGCUGGACAGGAGGGCACAGUUCACUUGCUGCGUGGUGGAGGAUGUUAUUUAUGCUUUGGGCGGACGACACACACGACCAGACACCAACACACAUGCCUCUGUAGCUUCUGUGGAGUUUUAUGAUAUGGCCACAGCAGCAUGGAGGAAAGGGCCACCAAUGCCUCAGACACUUUAUGGCCACGCCUCUGCUGUGCUUGACAACAGCAUCUAUGUGUCAGGUGGUGUUCCGGGUAACUAUAGUUACACUCAGGAUGAAAGCAGGGAGAGCAGCAGAGAGGUCUUCUUCUGGGAUCUUAAAGGCAGAGUCUGGGAAAAGAGGGCAUCCAUGUCCAUCGCCAGGUUCAGUCAUCGCUUGGCAACUGCUCAUGGCUAUAUCUAUGCACUGCUGGGGAUGUACGAACCCUUCUGUGAUAUCGAACGAUACCAUCCACGGUCAGAUCACUGGAUGCGACUCAAGCCGCUUCUCACUGGCUCCUUCAACUACGGCAUGGUAUCCAUGUCAUCUGGGAAUCUGCUGGUUUUCGGAGGGAGAAGGUGGAGUAACGGGCAGGAAGUGGUUGCGAAGAGUGUGCUGGAGUAUGAUACAAAGAAAGAUUGCUGGAGAGAGAUCUGCCAGCUUCCCAGACCUCUCACUGGGACUGAGUGUACGCUGCUGCCUCUGCCAGACUAAAGAGCACAAAAAGUGAGAAACGUAUUUUACAAGUGCUGAGAGCCAGUUCCUAAAGUGAGAAUUUCACUUUGAGUGGGUGUAAUAUGGUAUCAAAAUGCUGAGUAGAUGCUUUAAAAUCAACCACAAUGUAGUAUAUUUUACCCCCAUUUUGCCCAGGCUGUUCAAACUCUAGGUUUUGGGUACUAAAACACAGAAAUAAGGAUAUUGCUCAUAGUUGAGCAAUAGUCCUUGGGGCCUGUGCUGGAAACUAGGUUGGGGGACAUGAUAUGUUUACUACCACGCAGCCCUCAUCCCCUUCCUCAGUUGUAAUACUUUUAUUUUUGAAUAGUAUUUCUGGUCUUUCUGGUCUAGGGAAAAAUAUCAAACAACUAGUUUGAUACAGCUAGCCUUAGGCAUGUUGUCUACACUUAUUUGCAUUUCUUUUGAAUAGUAAAAUGAAACGAUACCAUUCAUACCACUGAUAAACACAUGGAGGUGUACAUCAACAAAGCAGUUUGGUUAGCUUAGCAUAAGGCACACAGCCAAACACAGUAUAUAAUUUUUAACACUUUUAUGUCUCCAUUAAUUAAAGAUGUAGCCUAAGGUUUCAUUUUUUCAUUUUAAGCUAGCUGUUUUUUUAUGUUUCCAGUAUUUAUGUUAGGCUAGGCUAACCUUCUUCAAGAUAAUCCAAAUGUUUCUGAUCUAGAGGGGAAAAAAAUCCCAAACAAAGCUCAUAUAUUUUUCCUUAAUAGAAAUCCUAAAGGUUUUAAAUAUUUUGUGUAAUAGGUGGAUAAAGGCUUUUCUCUGGUUUCAUUCUUUAAGAAACCUAGCAACUACUUUUUCGUAAGAAUCAUUUGUAAUUUCUGAACAUAUACACUUACCAAAGACUUUUUAGAAACACCUUUCUAAUACUGGGUUUGGAUCCCUUUUGCCUUCAUAACGUUAUUCUUCAUGGCAUAGAUUCAACAAGGUGUUGGAAACAUUCCUCAGAGAUUUUGGUCUAUAUUGACAUGAUAGCAUCAUACAAUUGCUGCAUAUCUGUUGGGUUCAGGUCCAUGAUGCUAUAAUUGACUGAUUAGGUAUUGCAAUAACAUAACAUUUGAACACUUGAAAAAGUGGCAAGGGGGUGUAUAAUCUUCAUAAACCCCUAUUUUGACAAACGAAAGGCUAAUGCUGGUUAGCCAUAGCAAUGCUAGCUGAUGUCCCUAUCCCAGCUUUUAUGAUAAAUUGUUUACUGCUGCUUAGUUCAACACUUGUAGAUUUUGCAGAAAGAUAUAUGAGA